GGCAAACAAGCAACGACAUCGUAUCUCCUUGAAGGUCUGCGUAGAGACGACGGUGUAAACCGGAGAAGUGUGCGAGGUUUGUCAGGGGAGGGUGAGAGGGACGGCGAGAGGCGGAACAAACCGGUGUGUGUGCCCGGAUACACGCUGAAACGGCUCGCCCGCACUGCAGAUUAACUCUUCAGACGCCGGGGAUGCUCAACACUAAAGCACAAGUCACACUAUCAGCGUCCUUUGUUGUUUUUUUAUGGGGAUCCACUGGACGUUGUGAGGAGAUCUUUCCCGGUGUUGAUGAUUUGAGCAUAGGAUUCAGACUCUGCGCGUUCCUCAGUAUAAUCGAGUAAUCUGACAGAUGAUCCAGUGAUGGACAGCUCCUCGACUGAGCGUUUUUGCAGAAGUGGAAUAGAUAUGAUGAGAAAUUCAUCCCAGCUGUCAAUAUAAGCAACAAAUCAACUCGAUUUUCCUCUCUUCAAUCUACCUCUGACAAGAUCAGCCACCAAUAACCCAUCAACUCAGGCUGAACACAAAGCUUCCUUUGUGACUCUUAGAAGAUCCACUUUCAUCCUUCAAAUCAACACCUCUUACAUAUCACUCAUUAUAUUGUUGCAGGGAAAAGCCCUCAGCCAAUCCAGUGGCUGACGGGUUGGGAGAAGGAGGAGCUUCAGGUCCCAUCAAGUGUGUUGUGAGGUUAGUGGCGAACAGGCGAGCUGGUGCCGAAUGCAGAACAUCUUCGAGCAGAACUUGGACAUGGCCACGGCUCUGCUUGCGGGUGAGAAGCUGAAGGAGUUGAUCCUGCCAGGUUCCACACAGGAUGAGAAGGGCGGUGCGCUGGCGGGUCUCAUGGUGCAACUCAAACUAGAGUUGCCCUUUGACCGGGUUGUGACCAUAGGAACUGUCAUCAUCCCUAUACUCCUGGUCACAUUAGUUUUCACAAGGAACUUUGCAGAGGAGUCUAUAUAUUGCUACACUCCACACAACUUCACACGCGACCAGGCCCUGUAUGCCAGAGGCUACUGCUGGACAGCUCGAGAUGCAGUACCUGGUGUGGACCCCAGCUUGCCUUCCCUGUUUGAGCACAAGUUUCUGCCCUAUGCUCUCCUGGCCUUCGCAGGCAUCAUGUACAUACCUGCUCUGGGAUGGGAGUUCCUGGCCUCCACACGGCUCACCUCUGAACUCAACUUCCUCCUUCAAGAGAUCGACAACUGCUACCACAGGGCAGCCGAAGGCAGAGCGCCCAAGAUUGAGAAGCAGAUCCAGUCCAAGGGGCCGGGGAUUACGGAGCGUGAGCGCCGGGAGAUCAUCGAGAACGCAGAGAAAGAGAAGAGCCCCGAGCAGAACCUGUUUGAGAAGUAUCUUGAGCGCCGUGGGCAGAGUAACUUUCUGGCUAAGCUGUACCUGGCACGACAUUUAGCCAUCAUCUGCCUCAGCUCAAUACCCAUAACAUACCUGAGCGCCUACUAUGCCCGACAGAGGCAGAACGAGUUCACUUGUGCUCUUGGCGAGCCGCCGGACACUAGUAGCAUCCCUGAACUGCGGCUAAAUGUUAACUGCAAGCUACCAGCUGUGCAGCUCCAGCGCAUUAUGGCCGCAGUAGACAUCUCUUUGCUGUGUACUAUGAACCUCAUUAUCCUUGUGAACUUGCUGCAUUUGUUUGUAGUCCGCAAGUCAAAUUUUGUCUUCGACAAGCUGCACAAGGUUGGCAUUAAAACACGCCGCCGCUGGCAGAAGUCACAGUUUUGCGACAUUAACAUUCUGGCCAUGUUCUGUAAUGAGAACAGAGACCACAUUAAGUCUCUCAACAGACUGGACUUUAUCACCAACGAGAGUGACCUCAUGUAUGAUAAUGUGGUGCGGCAGCUGCUGGCAGCAUUGGCUCAAUCCAACCACGACGCCACUCCGACUGUGAGAGACUCUGGGAUCCAGACUGUUGACCCCAAUAUGGACCCUUCAGUGAUCGGUGUGGGAGAAUUGGGAGGAGAGCCCUCAGUAAUCAAAAGACCUCGUAAGAAGAUGAAGUGGAUCCCCACAUCUAACCCUCUUCCACAGCCUUUUAAGGAACCCUUGACUCUAACCAGACUGGAAAACAGCAUAAAAGCAGAGAAACCUAAACCAGUUCGAAGGAAGAAUGUAGCAGAUAGCAUUAUUGCUCCACUUCUGGACAGCAAGAGCACCCAAUAUCCUCCUACUAACAAAGCUGCAGAAACAAAUAAUAUAGAGAAGAAACACACACUGAACCUCUCGCUGGAUGUUCAUCCUUACAUGCUAACCAUUCAGAAAGCCAAAACAGAAACGGUCAAUCCUGAGCCACCCCCGGUUGUUGAGCACUCUCUCAGUAAUGUGUAUAUUGAGGGUCCGCAUACAGUUGUCCAUGUCUCAUCUUCUCAUACUGAGAAGAAAGAGUCUCCUCCACUGUCCACCACCACUGCCUUCUCCACAGCCACCCUCUCCACAGCAUCAUAUAUGAAUGGUGGAACGCCCAGCAUGCCUCCUCCAGACUUCCCGAAGGUCGAAGAUCCUCUCAACCAGGGGACGGAGCCUGAGACCCAGCACGGGCCUUUUAGUCGAAACCCUUCACUCCCGCUGCUGAGCAUCCAUCACACCUUGUAUGAGGACGAGGAGGAGCAAAGCAGAAGGGACAGACUAGCCAGACCGGGAGAGUUGAUUGCUGCUGGAGAGUGCUGAAGGAAAAUGAGGAUGCACACCUGCACACACACUUACACACAAAUACAAAAGCACUUAGAAUAUGAACUGAAGCACAAAGGAAUAUGCCGGAUUUUUGGGUUAUGUUAAUGGUCAUGCCAUUAAAGGUGGAGCUCAGAUUAUUUCAUUUUCAGAGAUAAAGAUUAUGGGACAUUGGGGCAGCCAAUGUGUAACAGAUUUUAUACUCUUAAAGGUGCACUUAAUUAUUUUUAUUUAUGUUAAACUGAGUUUUCAGUUACUGGUGUAUUAAUAAAAACACUAUUCAUUUUUAAUAUUAAGCGCACCUUUCAAAAUCAUCUCCCAGCCUUACAUCCACAUACUCAGACGUGCGUAGUUUGAGGAAAAAUAAAAUCACCCAUGACCUUGGUGCUCACCUUAUGGGUUAAUGAGUUCACUAUUGACAUUCCAAUUGAAGGCAAGGCACAUCAGAAUUUUGCACAACGCACCAUUUGUUCAUGUGUCAUCAAUGUCCACAUGAUUUGGUGUUUUUUGUUUGUUUGGUUAUUUUUUUAGCGAUCAGCAUAUCUGUUUCAUGUAGAUGUCUUGAGGUAUCCAACGCAAUACAUGUAUUCUUAAAAUAUGCAACCUCAUGUCUUACUGUCGCAAUAAUAUGCACAUUAGGAAUGUAUAUACUGAGGUGUACAGAAAAAAACAGAUAAUAUGAGAGAUUUUAGACAUUCUUUCAAAAAGACUUUCACAU